UAUUGUAUUAUCAGCCUCACCGCGAGUUAAAUUGUGCGCGAAGAUGUAUACCGAAGGAAAAGUUUCACAGAGAGAGUCACGAGUAGUAAAUUGAUCGAUUUAACAAGAAAUCUUAAGCUUCAUUAUUGUUGGUGUCGUGUUAAUAAGCUAGAUUUCAUUCACGAUUCACCAGUCUAUAUACAAUUCGUGUAGCGCAUUGCAGAGUAACACAAGAAUGUCAUUAUUCGUUUCUUGAGAUAGUAUUUGGCUGCUGAGCACGAGGUCGCGGGAUCGAAUCCCGGCCACGGCGGCCGCAUUUCGAUGGGGGCGAAAUGUGAAAACACCCGUGUACUUAGAUUUAGGUGCACGUUAAAGAACCCCAGGUGGUCGAAAUUUCCGGAGUCCUCCACUACGGCGUGCCUCAUAAUCAGAAAGUGGUUUUGGCACGUAAAAAAAAAGAUAAAAAAGUAUUUGGCUACCAUUAUCGUAAUUUCCGUCCUGUUGGCUUGACACUAUUGCGAUGGGGUGUUAAUUGGGUUGACUGGCUAUUCGAGUCCUCGUGUCUCGGUAUAUCUCGAUCAAUUUUGUACGCCAAAGGUGCGUGGCGUGCGCACAACGCUCCCGUGUUUUCCUGUUCGCGCAGAGUGGAGGUGAAGGAGGGCGAGAAGAACCAGUGCUUCGUGUGCAUGGGCGUCUCCUUCCUGCUGAUCGUCCUCUUGGUCGUGCUCGCCGCGCUCAUCGUGCAAUACGUCAGGCCUAACGAUCCAAAGUGCAAGGCGGCGCUCGAGUUGACAGCCUGCAACUCGGAGACGGAGCAGUACUUCUUCCACCAUGACUCGGACAAACAGGUCUGCUUGGUGCGGUGGCAGCUGGACGCUGGCUGCCUCGAGGGGAAGAACCGCUUCGCCAGCGCUUCCGAGUGCCGGGGGCGUUGCGUCGGGAACUCUUCGGAUAAAGGAGCAAGGCAGAAUCCGUCGGCGGAAUGCAUGGAGCCCGUCAAGGCCGCGCCUUGCAAGGACGAGGAGAUGAAGCGGCGCGACCAUCUGUACUUCUUCGAAGACGGCAACUGCACCGUGCAGAUGGGCCCCAAGUGCUUGUACGGCCCUAAUCGGUUCGUCUCCGCCCAGGAAUGUCACGAAUUCUGUCUUAACACGGAGGAGCCGGCAUGCCGCGUGCCCCGGUUCCAGGGUGCGUGCCGUAUGAGCGAGAAGCGCUUCGCCUACUAUUACGACAGUUCGACGAAGGCUUGCGUCUCCUGGCGCACUCCCUGUCUGGCGGGACCUAACCGCCAUGAAUCACUCGCCGCCUGCACCGAGACCUGCGGCCGGAACAUCUUCAAGACGCUGAUGCUUGUGGGAUGAUGCCGCGCGCUGAACUACGUGUCGCUUUUCUGUUGAAACGAAUGAAACGCCAAUGAUUACAGUGACUAUAUAGUAACACGCCUAUAUCGUAACGCGUCGUUGUUCUGCUUUUUGCUGGCGUUUGUUCUCACCGAAAUCUCGCAGUUACAAGUUGUCGCUCAGAACAAGACGCGCCUGCUCAAUCUAAAAUUUCCUUGAUCUUUGUCGCCAAUUCUCAAGCUCUGGAGGCCUGUCUCGCAACAUUUCGCGCGAUUCGCGAAUAGCGCUGCCCUAGGCUAGCCGAAUAAAACAUGCACUUGCUCAUAAUUCAGGCGCACAAGGAGAAAUUGACGAGUGCACCGGAAAGUUCACAAUCGUAAGUGCUCACUCAAGUUCGCAAUUUCAAGUUACAUUCAUACGCGGAGAAGAAAAGAGGCUUUAUCGCGGAAUCGAUGGCCUGUAUACUUUGCUCGGGGGGUAUACGUGCAAUCUCGAAUGUAAGUGAGCAACAGUGAUUACUCUGGAAUGUACUGCCAGGAAUGUAUAAACAGCGGACGUAUUUGAACCAGAGUGUUCGACAUGAUUCAGCGACUACGCUAACUG